AUGCAAGUUAAUCCUGAUGGAAGAUUAAUCCGAAAGCUUAAGGAGCCACUUUAGAUUAGUUUGCUAGGAAAGGAGGAAUUAGCUACUGAUACUUUUGUUUAUAGGUUUGAACUGCCAGACAUAUAGAAAACACUUGGGCAUUCGACUUGCUAGUAUUUGGAAUUUGAGGCAGAAAUCCUAAACAGAGAAACUAAACAAAAGGAGAAGUUUAUGAGGUACUAUCAUCCAAUGUCGAAGGUUAUUGAUGCAGGCUAUGUAGAUCUACUUAUCAAGAUUUAUCUGAGAAACUUCAAGCACCCAACUGGGGGUCUCUUUUCUCAAUAUAUUGAUCAAAUGACAGAAGGAAGCACUCUAAAAAUCACAGGAAUAGGUGGAGAUAUUGAAUACCUGGGUCACUCUAAUUUUCUUAUCAGGAAUAAAGAGACUUAGUAAAUGGAAAAGAAAAGAUUCAAAAAUGUCGGAAUGAUUGCAGGAGGCAGUGGGAUAACUCCUAUGUUUUAGUACGAUAUCAUUUUAGAUGAAGAUUUAACUGAGUAUGAAAAGAUAGGAAAACUCUAUUAUUUCCCAAUAGUUUAAGCCCCAGAUGAAAAUUGGUAGCUAGGUUCAGGUAAAAUAACCUCUGGGAUGAUAGAAUCAUUCAUGCCUCCAAAGAGUAAUAAUUAUCAAUAAUCUUUGAAUUUACUUUCUAGAUAGAGAUGA